AUGUCGACAUCACCAGCCCCUUCCACUUCUCCCGCCCAGGAUGAGCCCAUCAACAGCCAGAGCGUUGGAUUCUGCCAGGCCACAUACUUCUACCACACCUGCGGAUGUCGGACGCCGGAGCCCUCCGUCUCCUGUCAACCCGCCCGCCAACCACACCCCGCCGCACCCUGGACGAAACCGUGUGCUCACAAGACGCCUACCAUCGUUAUUGUCCAGUUGCCUUUCUCCUGCGAAACGCGGAUCGGCGAGUCCGACGCAUGCGAGGUGGAGGACCCUGCCAAGACCAGAUUCGUCCGAGAACAUAGGACGGCCAACCAUCUCACGACUCGGUUCGUCCUCGGCGAGUGCCCCAUCGCUGAGAUGGAUACCGCGAUCCCUACUCGGUGUGGUGACCAGGGCCUGUCGCUGGAAGACGAGGUUCGCAAUUACUUUGCACAGCGCACCGAGGUCGUACCCGAGGCCAGCGCUCCGAGUGAAACCACCGGUGCAGCCAAGAGUGCUGUACCGGUGCAGAGUACCACCGCUGGGCCCCGCGAAGAGGUCAGGGAGAGCUCGAGCGAGGAUGAGAGUGAGGAUGAGAGUGAGGACGAGGACGAGGACGAGGACGAGAGCGAGAGCGAGAGUGAAGACGAGUCGCCUGCCGGAGACAAUGAGAAAGCUGCCGUCUUGUUCCGUACGCUUUCGAAGGACCUGCCCGUCUUCCACAUCUUCCCCCCCGAGGAAGCGAAGAACUCGACCCUUCUUUGGGACGCGCUUUCUCUCAUUUGUGUCUUUUAA